UUUCUUCACACCCUUUUGCUUCCUUUUGUGUUUCUCGUGCAUAAGGUUUGCUGGUUUGGUAUAACAAGACCCUUUCAUGAUGGGAAACACUUGUGCAAAACCGGUUGCUGAUCAUGUGUCUUCUUCUAAUUUUGCAGGAAGCAAGAAGCCUCUAAGCAAGACAAAGCAGCAUUCAAAUUCUUCUGAACAAAAAGCUGUUAUCCAAACUUCAGAGUUAAAUAUUGUCAAAUCAGUCUCCAAUAACCUUAAGUCCUUCAGCUUGAGUGAUCUAAAGGAAGCAACUAAGAACUUCGGGCAAGACAAUUUGAUUGGAGAGGGAGGGUUUGGGCGCGUCUUCAAGGGAUGGAUUGAUGAGAACACAUAUGCUCCCACAAAACCGGGGAGUGGAAUUGUAGUGGCCAUUAAGAAUCUCAAGCAAGGAAGCAAAGGCCACAUGGAAUGGCUUGCAGAAGUCCAUUAUCUAGGGCAGCUUCACCAUGAAAAUCUGGUGAAACUUAUUGGUUAUUGUUAUGAGGAUGAAAACAGGCUUCUAGUUUAUGAGUUUAUGCAAAAAGGAAGUUUGGAGAAUCGUUUAUUUAGAAAAGGUGUUCAACCCAUUGCCUGGAUCACACGGGUCAACAUUGCAAUUGGUGUUGCAAGAGGAUUAACAUUCUUACAUUCCCCGGAUGCAAAUGUUAUCUUUCGUUUUUUAAAGGCUUCCAAUAUUCUACUUGAUUCAGAUUUCAAUGUCAAGCUUUCUGGUUUUGACUUGGCAAGAGAUGGGCCUACCAGAGAUAAUACUUACAUUUCAACCAGAAUUAUCGAUCAAGGUUAUGCUGCACCAGAGUAUCUGGCCACAGGUCAUUUGACUCCAAGGAGUAAUGUAUACAGCUUUGGCGUUGUCUUGUUAGAGUUACUAACAGGAAGGUGUGCCAUGAAAGAUGAUAGACCUGAAUUUUCAGAUGAAGAUCUUGUGGAUUGGGCAAAGCCCUUCCUGAGUGAUAGCAGAAGAGUGUUGAGAAUCAUGGAUACUAGGUUGGGUGGUGAAUACUCCAGGAAAGGAGCACAAGCUGCUGCUGCACUUGCAUUGCAAUGCUUGAACACAGACCCCAAAUUUAGACCACCUAUGUUAAAUGUUCUAGCAGCAUUGGAAGGACUUCAUUCCUCUAAUACAAUCACAAGGACACCAAAAUCUGAAAUUGAGAAUCAUGCAACUAAGCAUUCUGGUCAUUCACAACAAUGUAGCACCGACUCGACACCAUAGUUGUCAAUAACAGUUAGCGGUCAGUAGCGACCGACCCCAAAAAUGGUAUAGCGGGUAGCGGUAUUGCCGCUACGGUGAAGUAUUAACAGAACAGUCUUAACUAAUAUAAAUGCUCAACUAUCAGUCCACCCAUGCUCUAGUUAUAUAUGUCAUGCAUAUUGUUUUGUGUACUUAUUGCAUAUUAUAUUGUGUGGCUGUUUGUAUGUAGGCAUUGCACAACCUACAAGUGAGGGAGAGUGGCAUAGGCAUUUAAUCAGCUGCACAGCACGUAAAAG